AUGCGCUUAACCAUUGAUCCCCUGAAAAGUUCCACUGAGGCUCAUUCCGCUGGUGAUAAUCUACCGCAAGUUUGGUCAGACUGCAAAUCCGCAAUGGGCCUGCGAGGAGUUCUGGUUAUGGCGCUAAGCAUCGUCGGGGCGAUGGCGUUUAUCCCCCAUGGUUCUAUUGGGGAAAAGGAGCAUAUGCUAACCGCAGCUUUGCUUCGUGAGGUAGUCGAGCGUAUGGGCAAAGACUUCAACGAAGCAGCGUCAUCGUACCUCGAGUUCCCAUCGAACGAGAGGCACCUAGCGUUGAUGUCUCGCGCCAACAAAGACCUGGAGAACGAGCAGCUGGACUACGACUCGCUCAUCGACGGCAACCCCAGCCCGAGCUUGCGCGACCAAGAGUAUUUGCAGCACAGUUCAUUGUGGGGCCACCAGUACGUGACCGGUGGCGCGGGAGAGGGUGAACAGCGCCUGCAGCCAUCAGGCCUUGUGCCUAACCGUCAGAUGAUAAAAACUGACGCAGUCCUCCCAGCUUAUUGUAACCCUCCUAAUCCCUGUCCAGUUGGAUACACCGAAGAUCAAGGUUGUAUCACUGACUUCGAGAAUACGGCUGCCUUUAGCCGUGAGUACCAGCUCGCCCAACGUUGCAUGUGUGAUGGGGAGCAUAUGUUCAGUUGCCCUCCUGAAGGCCCCUCUGAAUUAGAGAUGCGGUUCCCUGAUCAUCAUAAGAAUUUGGUCGCCAAAAAAUAUAAGGACGACGACAAAGUCAGAUUGUUCUUCGAAAAUAAAAAAUGUGUACAUAGGAAUUACGAUAAGUGUCUCAUACUUAACACGGUUUUUGAAGUAUUAACUAUACUUAGUGGCGUUCUGUACCCAAUAUUAGCAGCAACCGCUCAUCUUUAUCAUGAU